UCUUGAAUUGUACGUUUACCUUUCAAGAAUUUACAUUAUUUAUUGGCUUUUUAAAUGUUAUCAUUUUGGUUUUUUCCUCCAAAUGAAAUUUUUUUUAAACUGUGUUAGGGAAUUAAAGAAUCUGAUAUAGUUGGGCGAUUUCAAAUAAUUUUUUAAAAAAUAGUUGUAUUUUUUUGUUUUUUGUUUUGGGGUUAUUGAUGAUUCUAUAAGGUGGGAUAGGCAGAGAGCUUUCCUUAUUAUAAUUCUCUGUGUAUAUUGGGUAAAGUGAAGCCAAAUAAAUUAAAGAAAUAUAAUUAAGCACUGCUUAAGACAAUAAUUAACGAGAAGGAGAAGACGAAGAAACUGGUAGUGGUGGUGGUGGUGCUCAUGGCGAUGGUGGUUUCCUCCAACUAAAAAAAAAGGGUUAGAGAGACGAAGGCGAAGCAACAAAAAAAAAAAAAAAAAGAGAAGAUUACGAUACACUCUCUGCCCGAUUCACUAAGACAGAGACUUUGUUCUGUUUUGGACAAUAAGGGAGAGAGACAUGCAAAACUGAUCUGUGUCCUUCGUCUCUACAUCUGCGAAUCUCAAAGGUUGUUUAAGAAGAAGACGUUUUGUUAUGAUGCAUCAGAUGAAUAAGAAAGAUUCAUCUACUCAUUCCACUUUACCAUACCUUAACACUAGCAUCUCUUGGGGACUUGUUCCUCCUACUGAUUCCAAUGUUGUUAACCGUCGCGGUUCUGCUGAUUCACUAAGCUUGAAGGUGGAUGCUAGGCCUGGUCAUGUACAGACCACUAAGCAAAUUAGUUUUCAGGACCAGGACUCAUCUUCUACUCAGUCCACUGGUCAAUCUUACACUGAAGUUGCUAGUAGUGGUGAUGAUGACUAUCCAUCCAGGCAAAUCUCAUUUUCAGCUAAAUCAGGAUCUGAAGAAAUUCAGCGGAAAGGGUUUGGAACUAAUCCGAAAUCAGGCUCCAUGACAGGAUAUCCGAAUAUUCACUUUGCUCCUGCACAGCCUAAUUUCUCAUAUCACUAUGCUGAUCCACACUUUGGUGGUUUAUUAGCUACAACUUACUUACCACAUGCACAGACAUGCAAUCCCCAAAUGGUUGGUACAGUUCAGGGUCGAGUUCCUUUACCAGGGGAGCUCACAGAAAACGAGCCGGUCUUUGUCAAUGCAAAGCAAUACCACGCAAUCAUGAGGAGGAGGCAGCAACGUGCCAAGCUAGAGGCUCAGAACAAGCUAAUCAAAGCCCGUAAACCGUAUCUUCAUGAGUCUCGACAUGUUCAUGCUCUCAAAAGGCCAAGAGGGUCUGGUGGAAGAUUCCUAAACACCAAAAAACUUCUUCAAGAGUCCGAGCAGGCUGCUGCUGCUAGAGAAGAAGAAAAUGACAAGUCAGGCCAGCGUGAUAACAAAAAGGCGAACAUGUCAAGAUUCGAAGCUCGUAUGCUGCAUAACAGCAAAGACCGCAGCUCAACCACUUCUGGCUCAGACAUCACCUCUGUUUCCGACAGUGCUGAUAUCUUUGGACACACUGAUUUCCAGUUUUCAGGUUUCCCAACUCAGACGAACCGAGCCAUGCUUGUUCACGGCCAAUCUAAUGACAUGCAUGGUGGUGGGGACAUGCACCAUUUCUCUGUCCAUAUCUGAGACAUUGAAUCUUUGGUGAUGUGUUCGUGUUCCCACCAAAAGGGGAAGUCAUCCUUGGCUACUAGUUCUUUCGCUUGUUGUAAACUUAAGUCUUUGUAUUUCACAUUAUGUAUGUGUGACAUCCAAGAUCUUCACGUUGAAACACUCUAUUAUUGCCUUUUACCUUCUGUUAGACUGUUACUAUGUACCUCUUGUGUAAACUAGUGAUUUGGUUGUUCUAAUAAACUUUCAAUUCCUCUU